UCAAUUCGGACCGUCAGUCUCUCGUUGGCCGCUGAACUGAACGGUCGUCUGUCAAGUUUGUAUAUUCAUAAAAAAUGUAUCUUGCCUUCCUUGGGGUGUUGUUAGUAUGUGGGGGUGCCUACACGCAUACUUACCACUUAGGGGCUUGCCCUGUCGUCGAGCCUAUGCCGGGAUUCGAAAUGAAUAAGAUGCUAGGAGUGUGGUACGUCAUCCAGAAGACAUCCACGGCAUCACACUGCAUCACAUACAACUUCACCAAGACCUUAGAGCCCGGCCAGUACCAGCUGGAACAGGUCUCCCAGCACUUCAUACUUGGACUCACGCCGCUAAAACAUGACUAUAGAUACACAGGGAUUUUGACUGUCCCUGAUUCUGCAGUGCCUGCGAGGAUGAAAGUGCGAUUCCCUCUCAGCGUUGCCGGCUCUGCUAGCUAUACUAUUUUAGCUACAGACUACACGACAUACGCUGCAGUGUUCACCUGUCAAAAACUAGCGUUCGCUCAUAGAAGGUCGGCUACUAUUCUCUCCAGGAAUAAGGAACUCGACAAGAUCUUCCUUGAUAAGGUACGCACCAAGCUGUCUUCUUUCGGCGUGGACCCCUACGACCUGUCCAUCAUCUCCCAGAGCAACUGCCCUCAACAUCCCAACGGGACCACUGAGGGAGUCAACAUCAACAUUGACCCUGGGACCUUCUCCGCACACAACAUUGGUAAUGCGGUCAAGAGUGCCGGCGAAGCUAUUGGCGAUGGUGUAGAAUACGUGGUGGAUGCAGGCAAGAAGGUGUACAACAAGGUUGCGAGCAGCAAGGAGGAUUUGACGGAAGCCCCCGCUGGUGCCGCUAGGAACUACAACGCGGAUGCCGAGUGGCUCCCCUGAACUGAUGAUACUCCAAAGAUAGAAGAAUAGCUCCGAACUAGAUCCAAACAGAGUCGUAAACAGAUAAUAGAGUCGAGACUACAACGCUUCAGGAACUUCACUUCGCACGUACCUAACUUACUUAUCGUCGCCUUUAUAGAAACGCACAUAAGCGUCGUUUAAAACACAUUCUUUAACAAAACCUCGAUUUCAUGCACUAAUUUGAAACCGGGUAAACAUUUAGGCCACAAUUUUUUGCCUGCUUUGGAACAAACUUGUCUGUUGCGACGUUUUGUUCAUAAUAAAAAUCAUAAAAGGAUUUUUUUUAAAAGCGCUAACGAGUUUUUCUCUAUUAGGCGACGUUAUAGUACAGUCACAAGUUAUAGUAAUUUAGUAUCAUGUCACACCUUUAUAAUAAAAUCUGAGAUUUACUGACUAAAUUAUGACAAAUAUCUUAAUGCGAUAGGGUUAUAAUGUGGGAAAUGUUACCCUAAAACCAAGAUCUAUUGCGGUUUGGUUGCUUUAGCAAAGCUAUUCUUCUUGAUUAGUUAUAAUUCGCUACGCUCUCAUCCGACUGGAUAUAUUCCUCCUUACCCCAACUCCUAUAAAACGUUAUAUUGAUGGGCAAAUGAAAAAGUUUAGGACUGUUAGGGUCGUAUCUCACUAGGACAUCUUUGUCGAGCUAAGUAGUUUGCGGCAAAUCUACAAUAAGUCACGUCAAAAUAAAUAUCACUAGAACACCAGGGUUGCGACGUGAGCGCGCAAUUAUUCGGGAUACCCUUCAUCAUCAUCAGCCGUAUGACGCCCACUGCUGGGCAAAGGCCUCCCCCAACAAAUUGGUGGCGCAACCAGGUGAGGUCUUUAUACUUAAAUUUUGUUGGUGUUCUAGUGAAUGACUAUACCCCAUUUGGAGUAGUCAAGGUACCUACAUCCAUCGCAAGAUGAACUAAGUACGGUCACGAGCAUUAAUAUGUAUACAUUUUGGUACCAUGUCACAUUAACUUUUUUCACAAAUUGAACUGUAAGUCUCUCUAAAUUUCAAAUAUGUUAGUGCGACAGAGUCCUAAAGUGGGUACAUUAUAUUGCUCAUGACUGUACCCACACCUCAUCGAGCUUUCUGUAAGACCAACGUGAUAGGUGGUGAACCGCGGUCUAUCUGCACUUAAAUGAAUAACUGUGUUCUAGUAAGAAAGGGCCCUUAUGGUUGUUAUGCCAGCAUUUACUGCCUCUUUGUCAAAAUACUCACUUAAAGUAAACAGUGACUACAUGGAAAGUCAAUUAGUAUUGCAUUUAUAAUAGGAGACCACGUUAUUGCCUUCUAAAUAAUUUAGUUUCAUACUAAGUGUUGAGAUUCAAUCAAUGCAAACUGCGCAUUCCUUACCUAUAGGGUUUUUAGUGAAAAGCAAUUAUUAAAAUUAAGUAUGUUAGCUUGUAAGGUUUUGUACAAAAAAAUAUACAAAAAUACAAUUAUUAAUAA